AAAUACAGUUGUUUCCUCUGAAACAAAAGUGUGUAAUGGCAGACAGCUAGUUACUUGUGUGAGCGCGUCAGAAAUUAUGGCUUAUUUUGUCCAAGUAGUUACGAGACAUAACCUUUCGAAGGCAUGCAGUAUCACGAACAAGCUCAUAGAUAUAAAGUUACUUUCAAAGCAGCAUAUUCGACAUCUUCCCAGGUGGUCCCACAGAAGACCUAUUCGAGUUAUUUAUGGAGAAGAUUUAAGCAACGACCAGGUUAAUUAUGAAAAGAAAUUGAAAAUUGAAAGAGAGAGCAUUCAGUCUCUAACGAAGGACCAGGAAGAUCUGCUUGAAAAUGCGGAUAUGACAGUUAAGGAUAAGGAAACUGUAAUUGAUAUUACUAAAUCAAUUAAUACUUCCUUUUACAAAUCUACCGCAAACGUAAAUUAUGAUACUAAACAUACAAAGCUUGAAUCAAAGCUGCACAGUACUUGGGAUCAUGUAAGUGAUGAACCGAAGGUAUCUAAGGUAGAAAAGUCUCAAAAGAGUAACCUACAGUCAAAUACGAGAAAGGGGCGGAAGUUGGAGGCAAAGCUGGAAAGGAAAACCAUUAAAGUGAAAGAGAGUGCUGUCAGAGCAGGAGUACCUGUGUAUACCAAGUUACAAGAUAAUGAUCCUAAAUUUAGCAAUGCUAUGUUAAUUGCAAAGUCAAAAAACAGGAAGAAGAAAAGAAGUCUCAUUGUUCUUGAGGGGAAAAGAUUAAUUAAGGAUGCUAUAGAAGCAGGUUAUGUUCCCCAGAUGGUUUUCUUCAGUAGAGUUAAAGAUGCUGGAGAUCUCCAUCUUCCUGAUGGUGUUCAGUUGUAUAAAAUUUCAUACAAAUCAAUUUCAUUGUGGUCAGACGUAACCACAUCACCUGGAAUUUUGGGUAUUUUAGAAACCCCAUCUGUUGACAAAAAGAAGCCUGGGAAAGAUGCCUUGCCUUUAACAAUUAUCUGCGACAAUAUUCGUGAUCCUGGAAAUUUGGGCACCAUUCUGAGAGCAGCUGCAGGAGUAGGCUGCCAGAAAGUGAUCCUUACAAAAGGAUGUGUUGACCUCUGGGAGCCAAAGGUGUUAAGGAGUGGUGCAGGAUCCCAUUUUCGAACUGCGAUUGUCAGUGGUGUAGAAUGGAAUGAAAUAGAGAGACACGUGGAUAGUGAAGCUAGUGUGUUUCUUGCUGACAACAGUGGACAGAUUCUGGAUGACAUCCAAGAAAAGGAAGAAGAAGAAAAUGUUGACAACUCCAAUGAAUUAAUACGUGGAGAUGAAGUGAAUGUAGAAAUUUUAGAAUCUCUGAUGUACAAAAACAGGCUAAGCAGUAUUCCUGUUAUACCAUACUUUGCUGUUGACUAUGCAAAUCAGAUUUCUGUCAUAUUAAUAAUUGGUGGGGAGACCGAAGGUUUAAGCAUUGAUGCAUUCAGAUUGGCCUCUGAUAGAUGUGGUGUCAGACUUAAUGUUCCAUUGAGUAAUAAUGUUGAAAGUCUUAAUUCUGGUACAGCCUUGGGCAUUAUUGUAUUUGAAAUAAAAAGACAGUUUCUGUCAAAAUUCCACCUGAAAGUUGGGGAAAGAAGUGAAGACAUGGAGAAAAUUCAUGUGCCUAAUGUGUAAUGCACUCUUGUCUCUCAGUGGCGUAACUAUAUUUGUAGUUCAUAAAUAAUAAAAGAAGUUUUUCUUGUAA